AUGAAGAGGGACCCCACAGGAGGCAGCAAAGACUCUCAAGAACAUGCCCACAACAAGGGGAGUUUCAGGGAGUAUAUUGAGCUCUUUCCUUCUGGCAAAAUUGCCAUUGCUAUGAAGGAAGAGCAAAAUUAUGCAAAAGCUUCCAAGCACGAUGCCCCUACUCAGCAAGCUGCACCCACCCAGCACGCUGCACCCACCCAGCACGCUGCACCCACCCAGCAUGCUGCACCCACCCAGCACGCUGCACCUACCCAGCACGCUGCACCCACCCAGCACGCUGCACCUACUCAGCACGCUGCACCCACCCAGCACGCUGCCACCACCCAUGCUUCCACUGCCUCUCUACGCUCCCUCUUGGUUGGGAAGUUGCCUGACCAAAGAACCCUGACCAAGACCAUAAAAAGGAUGGUUUCCCCCAUCAAAACCACACCUUCUUUGGCCCAGGCACGUGCACGACCCUCUGCCACCCUCACCCAUCCAACUGUGUCCAUUGAGGGAGCCACAGGGCCCACAGCCACCCUCACCGACCCGACUGUGUCCAUUGAAGCCACCGCAGGGCCCUCAGCCACCCUAACCCACCCCUCUGUGUCCACUGAGAUAGAUGACAGCACACUGCUGGCAGAGGCAACUAUGUUUGAGGAGGCACAUGUGGCAUCAAAACGAGUCUGUCUUCCAGCUGGAUGGAUACACACCCUGCCUGAAGUAGACCAAAGGUGGAUAUCCAAGGCCCUGUUCAGGUGGGCUGCACCAGGCCGUCCUGAGCUGAUCUAUAACAGGGUGGACAAACUUUGGUGGUAUCCUCCACCGGUACCACUGAAGACCAGUAGUGCUCCUUCCUUGGAGAAUUACUUUGGCCAUCCUCUGCUGCUCUGGAUGCCACGAAAGCUGUGGCAAUUGAAGCUGACCUGUCCACAUCCAGACUGUCAGAAAGACCUUCUGACCUCAGCUGGCCUGCAUCAAAAGAUCAGGGUCGUGAUUGCUUUGAAUAGUGUGUACUUUGUGGCAUCUGAGUACCUGGCCUGCCGAAGAUGUAAGAGAAAGGUCAUCAGCUGGAGCCAUGAUAUCGUCUCCCAACUCGACAUUGGCCACAGAGUGCAGUUCCCCUGCAUUCUAACCUCAAAACUUGCAUGUGACUUUCAGGUAGUAUGUUUGAUGCGUCAACGAGGCCUGGGAAACAGCAGCAGCCAGAUCCAGCGCAAGCUGCAGGAGCGUCAUGCUGAGGUCUGGUUGCAAAAAACAGUCCAAUAUCUUACAGAUUGCAAGGGGAUUGCCAGUGCUGUCACAUCAAGCCUGAUACUGCCUGUGACAUUUGAACCGCUUCCUCCAAUGCCUUCUGUCCCUAAGCACCGGUGGCUGAUGCAGGUCUAUGCCCAGGAUGUCCUGCAACGGCUGGAUGAGAUCAAGGCCGCUAUAACAUCACAAUAUGGUCGGAUCUUAAAAAUGGAUUCCACAAAAAAAGUAGCCAGAAAACUAGCAGGACCCAGCUAUGGCACCGCUGCCUGGGCAACCAAUGUUGGAAAUGAGCAUGGACAGGUGAUCAUGUCCGUGCUCACAGCAAGUGAGGGUUUUGGUCUUGGGCCAAUGAUUGAAGGCCUCAUUAGGAGAUACAGAGUGGCUGGGGUAGCUCCUCCCGAGGUACUGUAUGUGGACCGAGACUGCUGUGGCAACACUCUUCUGAGGAGGAUGUUUGAAGAGUGGGAGCAAAUGACCAUCCGGUUGGAUAUAUGGCACUUUAUGCGGAGAUUUUCUGUGGGUUGCACCACCGACUGUCACCCGUUAUAUGCCACAUUUAUGAGUCGCCUCAGCCACUGUAUUUUCAUGUGGGACCAGGACGACCUGACGGCCCUGAAGAUGGCAAAGCGUGCAGAGCUAGAAGCUGACUGGAGACCAUCAUCUGAAGCUGAUGUACUGCGCCGUAUCAGCCGUAGCGAGCUAGCCCUACAUUGCAGGAGAACCACUCGUGGGACCAAGGAGACCCUGACGAUGAUUGAGAGCCUCAUUCAGGCCUUCGAAGGAGAUGCUGGUCGUGACACUCUGGGAGUCCCUUUAAUAAACUCAGCCCGGAUGACUGAGAUCAUAAAGUCCCAGCGAAAGCAUGUGGCCUGCAUCCAGGAUCCUCAAGGUGUGCAGCUCUACAUGCAGACGGGCACUUUAAUGAAGGGAGGGCAUCGUCUGCCAACUUACCGCUGUGCCAGAGGUUCUACUUCGCUGGAGUCUUUUCAUCUGCACCUCAACAGAUUCAUCCCAGGCACGCUGGCAAGUGACACCUUUUUUCAGGCGUAUCUUUUGGAUGGACUUGCAAGGUGGAAUGAGGACCGGGCUGUGGCAGCAACAACUGAUGAGCAGCAGCCACAUUCCUAUAGUCAUCUUCUCCGUCAUGCUGCCAAUAUUCUUUCAGAGGAGGUCAUGGGCAUGAAAAUCAGCCCUUAUGUUGGGCCAAGAAAGUACACUGGUGAACUUAUCGGAGUAGAGUAUCUUUACCAGCAAACUGGUAAAGUUCUGCAGGACUACAGGUUGGCCAUUGAAGAGUCUGAGACCACUGAGGUUGCUAUAGAGGUGGAGGAAGCUUAUGAUGAACUUGAGGAGUUUCAAGACAUCACUGUCCCCACCUUUGACACAGAGCGGAUACCUUCUGCUGCUUCACAAGCAUCAGUGUCUGCAGCAUCAUCUUCAACCCCUCCGGCAACCAGACCCAAGUCAUCACUGUAUGUGUCACCAGUGAGAUCUCCUGUCACCAGCUCUACGUCAUCACUGUCUGUGGUCCCUCCAAUACCAGUCACAUCUUCUGUUUCCAGCUCACUGCACACUCAGCCAGCACUAUCUCCUGGCGCACAUAGCUGUGAGUUUUACCAAAGUAUUUUUAUUGAGAGUUCCCCAGGUAACCAAGAGUCCACAGAAACUGACCUUCCAACAUCUGAAGAGAACCCUUCGCAUGAUGAUUGUGUUGGACCCGAUAAUAUUGAAGGUUAUGGAGCUGUGCAGGACUUGGCAGAGUAUUUGUUCAACCUUAGAGAACACCGUCUGGCCUUAACUGGAGAAGAGUCUGAACAAAUCAUCAACCUAUGGCAGGCAUUGGGGGAGUUUGAUAAGAAAAAGACCACUUACUCGCCACGUCACCAAACCAACCUAAAACAGGGACGAUUCAGGGCCAGUAAGAAGAAUGUGGCACCAGGUGUGGAGAGCACCAGAAGGUGUUUCAUUGGGCCUCAUAGUCCUGCACAGAGGCCUGACUGCAACAGAGUGGUGGAGGGCAUCUUCAUAAGGCUCUGUGCUCUCUACCAAAACGCGGUGCGUGUUAAUGGAGAGAGGGUCACCCGCUUCACAAUGAUUGCACGGGUCUACAGACAUAUCCGAGAGUGCAUCCUCACCAAUGAUAGGGUGAUGAGAGAAACCACCAUCCAGCUUCCACAGAUGAACGCUUCAACAAUCUCAGACUGGUUCUCCAAGCGUGACAAGUCACAAGAUGUGGGGGUUACAAAGCAGGGUAUCAAUUUCCCAAAUGCACCCAUGGCUGGACCUGAGAAGCUUCCUGCGGCUUUGCAGAAAGGGCCGACCCUAUUUUCAGGGAGCUUGGCUGAGCCUCACCUUUUUGUCCUGCCAAGAAACACUGCUGGGGAGGCAAAACUCAAGAGGAGGUCACAACCUCCAGCCAUCACCCAGGCACCACCAUCACAUCAAAGACUCCCUAUCAUUGCACCAGCAAUACCCGUCUCUCUGCCUUUCAUUUUGCCCUCCCUGCAGCUUCCGACAGUUGUAGAUACAUCAUCUUCAGUGCCUGGAACUUCACAGGUGGUGUUCUUUAACGUACCUUUACCUUCUGCUAUGCCACCAUCAGCUCAGACACAAACAUCCAGUCAAGCUGUACCUUACUCCACUCAGCAGUACAGGAAGAGAAAACAGAUGAGGGAGGACACUGGAACUGUCACACGCAAAUAUGUGAGGAAGACAGAUGUUAUUCUUUGUAGAAAGUGCAACAAAGAGAGAAAGCCACCAUCACAUCUUCAGUACUUUGGCAACUGGUACUGCAAAGAGACUGAGACUCAGUCAUAUGCUGAAUGGAGGGCUGUGCUGGAGGGACGUGGUUAUGGGAAAAAAAAAACAGGAAAUGACAAUCCUCCAGCUCCUUAAAAAUUUCACAUUUUAUAUACACACUGUAAAUAAUACACACGCUAUACACACUGUAAAUAAUGUUAAGUUUACCUUGUUUAUGGUCAAGUUUUUAAUUGUUAUUGUUUAGGAUGACCUUUCAAAGUUGCACUACUGUGAUAAAUGUUUGUUUUGAUUUUUA